UUUCUGGCAUCUCUGCAACGGCAACACGUGCAUCAGAGGCCGUAUUCAAUAUACACACAGCUCUCUUAUUUUUCGCAACGCAACCAAAAGUUGAAUUAGCCGGAGCAUGGUGACGCGCAAGAAGCCAGUCAAGCGCAGCGCCGAGGCGGCCGAGAUCCAGGCCGAGGAGGAGGAGGACGCGGCGACGCUGCCGAAGGUGGCCAAGGAGGUGAUGGUGGUCGCCCAGGAGGUGAAAAUCGUCCGUGCCCUCGCCUGCAAUGAUCUUGCCCAGCGGAAUCGCCAGAUUCGCAAGCUGCGCAAGUGGUUCAAGCUGCGGGCCAGCAGCUCCUUCCCCUUCACCGAGGACGACUUCAUGCGCAUCUGGAAGGGGCUGUACUACAACAUGUGGAUGUCGGACAAGCCGCUGGUCCAGGAGGAGCUGGCCGAGCAGUUGGCCCAAAUGAUAGACAGCUUCGAUGGCAACACGGCCUGCAGUCUGGCCUACUUUAGUGCAUUCAUGCGCACCAUGUGCCAGGAGUACUUCGGCAUCGACCAGUGGCGCAUGGACAAGUUCCUCAUGCUCACCCGCCGCAUGGUGCGCUAUGUUUUGCGUCUGCUCAAGCAGAGCAAGUGGUCGCCCGAACUGAUUGGCGCCUUCAACAGCAGCAUGCAGCUUUCGGUGCUGUCCGAACAGCCCAAGAGUCGCGGCAUGACCAUGCACUAUCUGGACGUCUUCUUCGAGGAGCUGGCCAAGGCGGCCGAUGGCGAGAUCACCGCCGCCCAGGUCAACCUAUUCUUGCGUCCGUUCGUCACCUACGUGGCCACACAGCGCGAUGCCAAGCUGGUGGCCCAGUGCCGCACCAGGGUGCUCUAUCACCUUCUCUACCAGAGCGACUUGGGACGCGAGUACAGCGAAAAGUACAAUGCCUGGAAGCUGAUGGGCUUCCCCACCGCCUCCAUCGAUGACAUCGAGAAACUGGACUCCGGCUUCGACGAGGAGGAUGACGAGGGCAACGCCGAGGAGGAGCCGCCGCGGGCCACGUCGCUGGAUCCGCGGGCGGGCAACGUGGAUGUUCACAUGCCAGAGCUGCCGCUCAACGCUGAUUGCGUGCUGGACGAGCUGCAGACGCAGCUGCGCACCAACGAUUUCAACAGCAAGCGCCGCAAGGGACUGCGCAAGCUCAUCCAGAUUUUUGAGACCUACAAGGGCGGAGAGUUUCCACUUGGCGUGCGCACCAUGCCCAAGCCGGAGGGUCAAACUCUGGCGGAGAUGGUGGAACAAAAGGUGGCCGCCAUCGAUGAGAUGGAGGAUGAGGUCUUCGGUACCGGCAGGAAACUCAAGAAGCUCAACAAGUCCAAGCGCAAGCGUCUACUUCAGUCCAUUAACUUUGAGGAGGUGGACGAGCACAACUACGACGAGAUCAUUGGCAAGGCCCUGCCCCCGGAGCUCCAGAAGAAGGUCAAACACAAUGCGAAGGUGCGUUCAAGCAUAAACAAUGCCUGGGUGGUAGAGGACGUCAAGGAGACGGGUGCAACAGCGGAUGAGAAAGAAGAAGCCAAGCCAAAGGCAAAGAAAGCAAAAAAGGACGAUACGCCCAAGCCGAAAAAAGAUGAGCAGUUGAAAAAGGAAGGACAGGCUAAGCCCAAGAAGGAGCAGCCUAAGCCCAAGGAAGAACAGCCGAAAGCGAAGAAAGUAGAGCAGUCCAAGCCCAAGGAAGAGCAGUCCAAGGCGAAGAAAGAGGAGCAACCUACGCCCAAGAAGGAGGAGCUACCCAAAACUAAGGCCACCGGUGCUGAUGAAGCCGCCGCCGCACCGCAGCCAACGAACGGUUGGGAAGCUCCUCUAGAAACUGGUGAGCAGGAGAUCUUUGUGCCCUCGCGUAAGCUGCAACUGAAGCAGGCCAACAGCAAGCUGCAGAAAUCGACGCCCAAGCAGGUGGCGCGACUGCAGUUCGCCACUCCACAGCCGGGAAGUGCCAAGCGUGUGCGGAUUAUGACCAAGAGCAACUGCUCCUAUCCCAAGAGCGACUACUACCGCCAGCUAAAGCUGUCGCCGCAGCUGCCCUACGACGCGGAUCGCCUGCCCGGCAAGAGCGCCCUCAAGCCGCAUGUGCUGCCGGGUCCGAUUCAUCCUAAUUUCAAGGGAGCCAAGCGGCUGUUCAACGACACGCUGUGACGUUGCGUCCAGUGGCUGCAACUGGAAACGGAACAGGAUGAGGAACAUUAAUGUGGACUUGGUGCUCUAAUGGUAUAACCCCAGAGGGACUGCAAACCGGCGCUCCUGUCGCCAGAUGAGGAGGGAAUGCUUUCACAUCAAACACAAUCCCACUUCUUGACAUGGCUUUGGAGAUUAAGUUAGCACAUCCACAAUAGACAUGUCUUAUGCUGGUUUUAUAACAAGUCUACUUAUAAUUGAUUAUACUCAUGCUUCCGUUCGAUAUUUUGCUUUUUUAAAGUGUUCAAAAGCCUUAGUUUAGUUACGAAUGCAUUUUCAAUAUUCCAAUACGGUUGAAAUUUGCAUGCUUUGUGUGCUGCGCUGGCUAAACAAUUUGUAAGGUUUAUUAUUUUCUACCCGCAUAAGAUCCGCAUAAGACAUGUACUAAAUGUAACCCCUUAUACUUAUAGUAGCUACAAUUACGACUUAAUGUACUAUUUGCUUGUAGGCCAUUUUAUGUUCAAGCUAUCCUCUGAGUUGAUAUUGAAAUAAAAGCAAACGUAGUAUAUGUAAAGUGAAA